CGAUCAUUUCAUAGAAUUUAAAUUGAUAAAUAAAUAAAUAUAUAACUAGUAGAGUAUUAGCAAAAGGGUAAGCGCGCAGAAAGAAACUCCCGCGGAACUGACACCUAUAAAUAGCUUAGGGUUUAAGGAGGAAAAAAAAACAAAUUCACCCUUCGCUCCGCUCCGCCUAGGGUUUCAACCACUGUCGAGCUGAAUCAAUGGCAUUUUGGGGUAUUGAAGUGAAACCUGGAAAGCCAGUUACUCAUUCUUUUGAUAAUGAUAAAGGAAGGCUCCGAAUUUCUCAGGCAACACUGGGAAUCGGCAGUGCUGAAACUAAAAGUUUGGUUCAGUGUAAUGUGGGGAACAAGAGUCCUGUUUUCCUCUGUGCUUUGUUACCUAACAAGACAGAGUCAUGCCAUUUGGACUUAGAGUUUGAGGAGGCAGAAGAUGUCGUUUUUUCUGUUCUUGGUCCAAGAACUGUUUAUCUGACUGGUUACUAUGUGGGAAAUAGUCGGCGAGCAAAUGUAAACAGUGAUACAGAGUCUUAUGGAGAGGAUAUUGCAGAGGAAUCAGGCGAAUCCUGCCAUGACAGUGAUGAUGACAAGUAUGAGGAUAGCUUUAUCAACGAUGCUGAACCAGAAAUAUCCCCACCUUCACCUGCUUCGAGCAGCGGAGUUCAAGAAGAUGACGAGAGCCUUUCAGACAAUACGCUUAACAACAACAACAAUGUUAGCCAUAAAAGGCUUAGGAAGAAGUACCAAGUAAGUGAGUCCGAAGGUGAGGAUAUAUUGCAGGAAAACGAAGAUGAAGAUAAUUGCCCCUUAUCUGCACUUAAGAAGAAAACGGAUGUGAAGGCUAAAGCAUCAGAAGAUAAUCAAAAGAAUGUCGUGCUAAGUGCCGAGGUUCCUCAUAGGACAGAAAAUGGUGGCACAGUAGAGUCUAAAAAAGCAAAACAUGAAAACAGCAUUAACUCAAAGAAGAAGAGGAAACGACCUGAAGGUAAUGGUAGUAAACUUCUUGAAGCAAAUACUAGCGUUGAUGUGGACUACAAAGAGGAUAAAGCAAAUUUGGUGGAUGUUGGGUUGGCAGUGACAAUUGAUAUGAAAGAUGGCCAAUCUGAUACUCUAGAGCCCCCUGCAAAAGAGGAUUCUAAUAAUGUUCCAAAAUUGAAGAAAAGAAAACACUCUUUGGAAGCCAAAUCUGUUGAAAACCAUGAUACAAACAUCAUUCUUAAAGAGGAUCAACUGAAACAAGAUCCUCUAAAAGCUGAUCACCUGGGUGAUGAUCCAAUCGCAAUUGCAGUAGAUGAAGAAGAUCAAAAACUGACCAUCAAUAAUAGUGUAGAUGGAAAAUCUGACUCCGUAGCUGAUGGGCACCAAUCUGAUAAGAAAUUUAAAAAGAAGAAAAAAAAGAAGAUCAAAUCUCAGGAGGACUGUAUGGCUAACAGUGAUCUUCCUGUUCUGCAAGAAAAUGAAAUGAAUAGACAAUCCGUGGAUGUUGAAGACAAGAGUCCGAAGGUCAAGUCUACUGUAAUAAGGACCUUGUCUAACGGAUUGAUCAUUGAAGAGCUUGCAGUGGGUGAACCUGAUGGAAAAUUGGCUGCCCCAGGGAAGAAGAUCAAAGUUCAUUACAUUGGCAAGCUGAAGGAGAAUGGACAGAUUUUUGACACAAAUAUUGGAAAGUCUCCAUUUAAGUUUCGUCUGGGCGAUAAAGACGUCAUAGAGGGAUGGAACCUUGGUCUUGAUGGCAUGCGUGUGGGUGAUAAAAGAAGGCUCACAGUCCCACCAUCAAUGGGCUACGGGAAGGGAGCUGGGGAGAACAUCCCACCCAACUCAUGGUUGGUGUUUGAUAUUGAAUUGAGUGGAGUCCGUAGAUAAUUCUGCUUUAGCAUUAUCAAUUCCCAGAGGGAAAGUCAUCUAUGCAGAACUUAUCUUUUCAUGUUGAAAUUUGUGAGUUGAACUCUCUUUCGAUGUUGGUGGCUUGGUGCUGAGGCAGGAUUUGGAUAAAGAGAUAGAAACUAGAAGCACUUUCUUCAUUACCAGGAUGGAGUGACUAAUACUAUAAGGCAAAACUUUUUCAUAGAUUUGGGUGGGAUAAAAGGAAAAUGGGACAAACCAGCCCCCACCUUUCCAGGUGGGGAUUUUGCGUACCUGGUUGUGUUCAUGAUUCUUUAAUAGAAAAUAUAUGGUGACAUAAUAUCUCCCUAUGAUAUUUCGUUCGUAUAAAAUCUAUCUUGGUAUAUUUAGCAUGAA